AUGUUCUCUGUCUCCGCGAGCCACUGGGGUCUUUCCGUGGCGUUCACCAUCAUCGCCUCGCAAUGUCAAGCACAACUUCUUUUGAGCCCCGGUGUACAUUAUCCCUCAGUCAUGCUUCGCAUUGUAGCGGUUCAAGCUCACCUCUCGAUAAUUAAUUAUAUGCUGAACGACGUCGUUGUCAUAUGGAGGGCCUGGCUUCUUUGUGGCCCGAAGGCACGGAGGUGGAUCUGGGCCAUCAGCGUCCUCACGCUUGUGGCUGAAUCUGUACUUGCGGUUUACAAGCCAGCUGUCGACCCGCACUAUUGGACCCAGUUCUUCGCUGGGAUCACGAUCGAGGGAGCUACACAGGCAAAUUCAUUCACGGACGGAACAUAUCUUCGACCUCUCUAUGCGGCUUACUGCCUCACGCUUUUGACCAACGUUUGGCCAACGAUGAUUAUAGGGUACAAAGCUUGGACACACCAAAAGCUCAUUGCGGGGACAUCUGUCGAACACGGAUCUAGGGCGCUACGAAUACUUGUCCUACUCGUCGAGUCUGGGGCUAUUUACUGCGUCAUAUGGGCUAUACAUUUAUGCUUCUUUUUCCUCAAUGCAUUUGGCUCCUCAGCCGUGCACGACCGAGCAUCAUGGAUUGCGGUGACUUACUCCGCUAUAUACGUCUCAGCGAAUGAUUUGGCGGUGAUCUAUCCGACCGUUAUCAUCGUACUUGUCUGCUUGCAGAAGACCCUUCAUGAGGCAAGGACGCUAUCUCCGAGCGAGAUGCUUACUACGCUACCACUUCGCGCCCCAGCAUUCGACGUCGCGACUCAUACCAUCUCGCAAUCUGUCUGCCCCCCGAAUUUGCAUUGCCCUCGUCUUCCGAUCUGCCAGCGGACGAUCGCUUUGACGUCGUGA